GAAAGCAAAGAUGAUCCCUUCAUCAAAGCACCUUGUGGCGAGCACUUUGCCUGCGCAGACGACAUAGCCAACUUCUUUGAAUAUGCGACCAACGAUGAGAGUCUUUACCCUCCAAAAUGUUGCGGUCGGAUUUUCUUGCUGGAAGAAUACAAAGACCACAUUCCUGCUGAUAUAGCAUCAGCGUAUCACAGCAAGCAACAAGGCGAGUACUCAAUUUUGGCAAAAAAUCGACUCUACUGCGCAAACUCGCCUUGCGCCCGGUUCCUCCACCCAUCGUCCAACGUCCAAGACGCACUCUCUAGCACGACCUACGCCAUCUGCAAGGCAGAAGAAUGCGGCGGCUGGACAUGCGUACACUGCAAGACACUGCUAGACAAGACCAACCUAGCACAUACAUGCAGAUCAACCGACGUAGACGAAAAUUUCAGGCAAAUGGUCCUCGAAAAUGGAUACCAAUGCUGCUUCGCCUGCGGCGCAAUCAUCGAAUUGGCCGCAGCAUGCAAUCACAUUAAAUGCAGAUGCGGCACCUCCUUCUGCUACAUCUGCGGCAAACCCUGGGCCGGUUUCCGUCACGGCUGCCCCAGAUACGGCCCGGCCAUCUACGACGCCCAAGGCUACAACCAAAACGGAUUCCACCGCGACACGGGACUCAAUCGCGCCGGU